AUGUUUUCAACAGCUCAAGUAGAAGAGGAGCAGGUGCAAGCAACCGUCAGACAGCCCCGAUCCACAAUUGUGACAGGUGAAACACGCUAUUAUGGGCAGCAGUCAGCCGUGGUCUCUGAACCCGACCAAGGAAAUCAUAUUGCUGUAGCAAUACACCCCAGACAAACCACAUCCGAGAUAGAAAAAGAACGUUCCUUCAACAAAGGAUUUCAAGAUGAUGGGGACCAAGGACCAUCAUUACUGCAAGGCCAAGAUUUGCAUGAAUUUCAAGAUUAUGAGGAAGAAAGGUCAUCUUUGCCAGAUGAACCAGACUUAUAUGGUAGACAAAAUUUGUAUGCUUACCCAUGGGAUAAAACCAGUCUAAAGUCAAUGCCAAUAGACUUGCAACAGUUUAAGAAGUUGGAUGCGUAUGCAUCAAAGGUGAAUGUCACUAGCAGCGUGAAAGACCUAGUGAGUGUCCUGCUGCAAGAAGCUCAGAGUGACCUGGAGAAACUCCGAGCCAUUUGGAUAUGGAUUUGCUGUCAUAUAGAAUAUGAUGUGAAAGGCUAUCAUGACAAAACUAACAGCUCUUGUAAACCAGCAGAUGUCCUUCGGUCAGGAAAGAGUGUUUGUGCUGGCUAUGCUGGGCUCUUUAGACAAAUGUGCAGUAUUGCAGGGAUCCAAUGCAGGGAAUUGUCUGGCUACUCCAAAGGGCAUGGAUAUAAACCAGGACACGUUUUUCAGGGGGACACUGAUCAUGCUUGGAAUGCUGUUUUCCUCCACGGAAAGUGGCACCUUUUGGACAGCACCUGGGGAAGUGGGACUGUGGAUGACUCUUGUACCAAGUUCACUUUCAGAUACAAUGACUUUUACUUCCUGACCCAUCCCGCUCUCUUUGUUACUGAUCACUUCCCGGAAGACCAUGAAUGGCAGUUACUGGAACCACGCCUGACUCUGCAGCAGUUUGAAUGCAAUAUACGGUUCCGAUCUGAAUUUUAUGCAGAGGGGCUGGUUGCAGCAACUCCAGCAACGGCAGUCAUUCAAACAGAAAAUGGCAAAGCAAUAAUUUUCGUUGAAAGUCGUUCUCCAACAUUGUUCUUGUUUAAAUUGAACGAGGCAGAGAAGAAUUGUUUAAUGACACUCCAGAGUAAUGGAAUGAAGCUUGAAGUGUAUCCCCAGCAGACAGGGACUCACUCUUUGAAGAUCUACUCAAAACUCUUCAAAGACACAAAAGAGAGUUACAGUCAAGUGUUAGAAUACUCACUGAAGUGCAGCUCUGUGGACAAGAGCAUUUGUUUGCCCAAAGACCUCAUCCAGCCGGUGGGACCCAGUUGGCUGUCAGAGCAGGCGGGGAUCCUGAAGGCCUUGCCUUCUGGUCCAACUAUCCACACAGAUGAUGGUCGCUGUGUUGUCACUUUCACUCAGACUAAAGAUCUGCAUUUCUUUGCCACACUCAAGUCCGAUAACAGCAGAAUACCUGAGGACAUGAUGAGGCGUCACGUCUGGAAAACCUGUCAGGGAAACCAGGCUGAGCUAAAGAUCCACCUUCCCCAUGCAGGACACUUUGCUCUUCUCAUCUGGGCCAAUCAGACAUCCGAUUCAGAUGACCACCACUGUGCCCUCAGCUACCUCCUCUCCUGCCCAAAUAAGAAUGUGACGUGGCCAGUUUUCCCACAGAGAUUUAUGAACUGGGAGGACAACUAUGAGUUAUUGGCCCCUCUUGCAGGUGUCCUGCCAGCCAACUGCCAGGUGCAGUUUAAACUCAGGCUGCCAGGAAUAUCGCAAGCAAAAGCUGAAUGUGGUGGAAAGAGUCAUCCCUUGACUCUGAGUGGAGGUGGUUUCUGGGAGGGAGCCUGUAACACCUCAGGUGGGGAAAAGGUGGUUGUCACCAUAUCUAAAGAUGGUGGCAAUUCCCUCUGGUAUUUGUUGGAGUACAAAGUGGAGAUUCAUUAGCACAGAUCAUAGAGAAGCCAUUGGGUGGACAGGCUCUCCAGUCAAGAUUUUUGACUUGUGCUUUAUGGACCAUCAAUCCAGCCCUCAGUUGCCCUG